CGUGUGUGCCUGCAGGUGCUGAUGGACAUGUUCCAUCAGGUGGAGGAGGACAUCAGUGUGUUUCCUCUGGACGAGGAGCCGUCUGCGGCCGAGGAGCAGAUGUACUAUGACCUGGUGAAGGCCUUCAUGGCGGAGGUGCGUCAGUAUCUGCGCGACCUGAACCUCAUCAUCAAGGUUUUCCGCGAGCCCUUCGCCUCCAACACCAUGCUCUUCUCCCCACACGACGUGGAGAACAUCUUCAGCCGGAUCGUGGACAUCCACGAGGUGACGGUCAAGCUGCUGGGGCUGAUCGAGGACACGGUGGAGAUGACCGACGAGUGCAGUCCUCACCCGCUCGUGGGCAGCUGCUUCGAGGACCUGGCCGAGGAGCUGGCCUUUGACCCCUAUGAGACGUACGCACAGGAUAUCCUGCGCAGCGGCUUCCACGACCACUUCCUGAGUCAGCUGUCCAAACCCGGCGCGGCCAUCUACCUGCAGUCCAUCUGUGAAGGCUUCAAAGAGGCGGUGCAGUAUGUUUUACCUCGGUUACUCCUCACACCCGUCUACCACUGUCUGCAUUACUUCGAGAUCUUAAAGCAACUGGAGGAGAAGAGCGAGGAUGAGGAGGAUAAAGAGUGUCUGAAGCAGGCCAUCACAGCCCUCCUGAACCUACAGAGCAGCAUGGAGAGAAUCUGCUCCAAGAGCCUCGCCAAGAGACGCCUCAGCGAGUCGGCGUGCCGCUUCUACAGUCAGCAGAUGAAGGGCAAACAUCUGGCCAUCAAGAAGAUGAAUGAGAUCCAGAGGAACAUCGACGGCUGGGAGGGCAAAGACAUCGGCCAGUGCUGUAACGAGUUCAUCAUGGAGGGGACGCUCACGCGGGUCGGGGCCAAACACGAGCGCCACAUCUUCCUGUUCGACGGCCUCAUGAUCUGCUGCAAGUCCAACCACGGCCAGCCCCGUCUGCCCGGAGCCAGCGCCGCCGAGUACCGGCUCAAGGAGAAGUUCUUCAUGAGGAAGGUCCAGAUCAACGACAAGGACGACAAGGAGGGCGAGUACCGGCACGCCUUCGAGAUCAUCCUGAAGGACGGGAACAGCGUGGUGUUCGCCGCCAAGUCAGCGGAGGAGAAGAACGGAUGGAUGGCGGCGCUGAUCUCGCUGCAGUACCGCUCUACUCUGGAGCGCAUGCUGGACACGGCCAUGCUGCAGGAGGAGAAGGAGGAGCAGAUGAGGCUCCCCGGGGCCGAGGUGUACCGCUUCGCCGAGCCCGACUCCGAGGAGAACGUCGUGUUCGAGGAGAACGUCCAGUCCAAGUCCGGCAUUCCCAUCAUCAAAGCUGGAACGGUGCUGAAGCUCAUCGAGCGGCUGACCUUCCACAUGUACGCUGAUCCUAAUUUCGUCAGGACGUUUCUGACCACGUACCGGUCGUUCUGUAAACCUCAGGAGCUGCUGGAUCUGCUCAUGGAGAGGUUUGAGAUUCCUGAACCCAAACCCACGGAAGCGGAUCAGAUGGCCCUGGAGAACGGAGACCAGCCGCUGAGCGCAGAGCUCAAACGCUUCCGGAAAGAGUUCGUUCAGCCGGUGCAGCUCAGGGUUCUGAAUGUAUUCCGUCAGUGGGUAGAACAUCACUUUUAUGACUUUGAGAAUGAUCCUGAGCUCAGCUGUGAACUUGAAGAAUACCUCACCAGCACCACACAACUUAGAGGUAAAUCGAUGCGCAAGUGGGUGGAGUCUAUCAUCAAGAUCAUGAGGAGGAAGAAACAAACUCAAUCUAAUGGCAUCAGUCACAACAUCACCUUUGAGAGCCCACCUCCUCCUAUUGAAUGGCACAUCAGCCGUCCCGGAAGCAUUGACACCUUUGACCUUAUGACCCUUCAUCCAAUAGAAAUUGCUCGUCAGUUAACGCUUCUAGAGUCUGAUCUGUACAGAGCCGUUCGUCCAUCUGAGCUGGUAGGAAGCGUUUGGACAAAAGAAGAUAAAGAGAAGAACUCUCCAAAUCUGCUGAGGAUGAUUAGACACACAACCAACCUCACACUGUGGUUUGAAAAGUGUAUAGUAGAGGCUGAAAAUGUGGACGAGAGGGUUGCUGUGUUCUCUCGUAUUAUUGAGAUCCUGCAGGUGUUUCAAGAGCUCAAUAACUUCAAUGGAGUUUUGGAGAUUGUAAGCGCCAUCAAUUCAGUACCGGUGUAUCGCCUCGACCACACAUUUGAGGCCGUGCCUGAGAGGAAGAGGAGGAUUCUAGAGGAAGCUGUUGAACUUAGUCAGGAUCAUUUUAAGAAAUACCUCGCCAAGCUCAAAUCCAUUAACCCGCCUUGUGUACCUUUUUUUGGCAUCUACUUGACUAACAUUCUCAAGACUGAAGAGGGAAAUCCAGAUUUUUUGAAACGUGAUGGAAAAGAACUGAUCAACUUUAGCAAAAGACGCAAAGUAGCAGAAAUCACUGGAGAAAUCCAGCAGUACCAGAACCAACCUUACUGCCUCAAAGUAGAACACGAUAUUAAGAGAUUUUUUGAGAAUCUGAAUCCAAUGGGAAACAUGAGCGAGAAGGACUUUUCUGACUACCUGUUCAACAAGUCUCUAGAGAUUGAACCACGGAACUGUAAACAGCCACCCAGAUUUCCCAGAAAGACUACGUAUUCUCUGAAGUCUCCAGGCGUUCGGCCGGUGCGGCAGGCAUCAGGAGGAGGAGGGACUCUGAAAGGUCACCCAGUGCCAUUAGAACGAGAACCACCUCACAAAAUCACCUUCAGGAGCAUCGCAGAAACAGAACCUGAGACUCCCCCAUCUCUCCCCACCUCUCCAAACACACCCACACCUCCACAGUCUGCCAGCUCUGACCUCAACUCGGUGUUCAUUGAGCCUGACCUGAGCAGCUCUUAUGGUAACAACACCAUAUUUGCCCCAGUUUUGCUGCCUCAGUCCAAGUCUCAGUCUGUGUCAUGUGGCAGUUUGCACCAUUUGAUUGGCGAUGAGCUACUUAAACCCCCUCCAUUACCUCCCCGCAGGAAAGAUACCGCUUCAGAGACCAAGUUGAGUUCCAGGCCUGAAAGUCCUCCCGCCAUUCCACCACGACAGCCUCCUCCUCCUCGCCUGCAACCACGUGUCCCAGUGAUCAACGGGCCAACAGAUGGGCCGCUGCCAAGCCCCCCGCCCCCUCCGCCCCGCGAUCCUCUGCCAGACACACCUCCGCCAGUUCCACAGCGACCUCCGGAGAUCUUCAUCAACUAUCCGGUGAACAUGCAGCCGUCUCCAGGAGGCCGUUUCCACUGGGACUUCACCAGCUCGCCCAGCACUCCCAACACCCCUCCUGGCACGCCCUCGCCCCGGGUCCCGCCCCCCGGCACACCUUCUCCACGUGUGCCUCGCCGCCCCUGCACGCCCAGCAUCAGUCAACCCAGCCUGGUGCACCUGCCCCCGCCCACUCCGGCCCCUCCCAUACCACCUCGGCACAACUCCACCCCCGCGCUGCCAAAACUGCCCCCCAAGACUUACAAGAGAGAACUUUCUCAAUCCACACACACUCUCUCGCAGCCAUCCAUACACACUCUCUCGCUAGUCGACAACAGGGACAACAACGAAUAAGAGCAUCCCACCCUAAAAUACAGACGUGAGUGUGCGAGUGUAUGUGUGCGUGUUUUAACGUUUAACCUGGAAGCAGACAAUCUGAUGCUAAUGAAAACCUGAGGAUGCUUGAGGAAUGUGGUUAUCACUCAUUUUUCACAUCCGUGCAGAGCUACGCAAGGUCAUGUGCUCGUCGACAGCACAUUCACUAAUGGAAAUGCUGCUCCGAGGCCUUUCACCACCGUCAGACUAUGCUGUGGAUGUUUAUUUGGUUGCAGGUCAGAGGUCAACCAGGGUUCAACCCGAACACCCUAAGCACGCCUCUCUUUGGUUGCCUUUAACUCACAGCCGUGACCUUGACCAGAGAUUGUACCCAUCAGGUGAACUCUUUAACAUUUUGAUGAGAGCUUUUUCCUUACACUAUUUAAAGCCAAUAUGAUGUCUUAACCCCUCCCCUUGAAGGCGUACUCAUCUAUUCGUUGAUUCGUCACAAACCGAUACUUACGCCCCUUGAUUUCCGCACCAGACUCUUAAUGUGCCUUCAAUAUCAGUACUGAACAAAAUGUAAGCAUUCGCCUUGACCAUGCGUAGAAGAAAUGUCUAGACAACACCUCCGAUCGUCCAUUUGUGCGUGUGCGCUCCAAGUAUUCUGUACAAAGUGACAUAUCUGCCCUCACUACUCACCUCGGCGCCAUGGCAGCCCAGUUGCUGAUGUAUCUACUGACAAUCUUAGUCUGAGACCCACCGGAUUCACACACUGUUGUAGAGUGUUUGGUGUGGACCAGUGUCAAGUUUGUGUGUCUUAAUAGUGUGCGGUGAGCCUUUUUUUUUGCACUUUAGGGCAGUACUGUUACAGAGAAGCAGAGGACUCAAACUCACAAUCCUGUGACCUUAUGACCCUGUCCUGCUAACCCCCGUCCUCUGGGCUGGUCAGGACAUCCAUCGGGCCGUUUCCCAAAACUCGUGACGUUUGGGACGCGGUCAGAAUGUUCUAUUGUAAAUCACGCCUCCUGCUCUCAUUCAGGUCCGCUCCAUCAACCGAGCCAGGUCCGUACAGGAAGGGCUUCAUCACCAGAGCAAUUCCUAUCCAAUCGACCACGGAAAUGGUCUCCGAGGUCAUCAGCCAUAGAGGGACUGCAGUGUUUUGUAGUGAUGUCACAUCCUGUACGUGUAGAAUCUCACUCCCACUGAGAUGAUUGGUCAAUUUGGUUUGAAGUGUUAGUAAUU